AUGUCAAUUACGCAAGAGCAACUUCGAGCUAUCAUCUUCUAUGAAUGGCAUGGCGGCAUUGGAGCAACGGCAGCAGCCCACAACAUCAACAUCAAAUUGCACGAGGGCGCUACUACCAUCAGGACUGUCAAAGACUCCGACUUCGAAGACAAGCCCCGGUCCAGCGGUGGCGGAGUCUUCGACAGUGACAAGUCCUCACUGUCGAAGACUCCGCCAUUCUCCACCUACGCUGUCGAAGAGGAUCCGAAGAUCAACUUCCGCAGUUUUGCGACGAGACUCGGUUGUAACCAUUCGUCAGUCGCCUCCAGGCCCUUGACUACAGAAAAGUGCUGGCUCGAUGGAUCCCUCACACCUUGA